ACCCCAUCCCACACAGAUACCCAUCUUCACAAAGCCAUGGACUGGUUCUCCUGGUUAUCCAAAACUGAGCUACAGCCUUCACUUGUGCAAGAAUACAGCCUUGCUUUUGCACACAAUGAGCUUGAUGAGGAAGAUAUAGCUUACUUUAACCAUGAGUUCCUCCAGAGUAUCGGCAUAUCGAUAGCCAAGCAUAGGUUAGAGAUACUCAAGCUUGCUAGGAAGGAGAAAGGUGGAAGGCCACAUCCUGUGUCCAGGGUUAUAGCUGCACUCAAGAAAACCAAGAAGUGUCUUUCCAAUUAUAUCCACACAUGGGUUCAUGGUGAUGACUCUGCUCUCAUUGUUGUCCAGAAGUCUAAUAAUAAUAAGCGUUGGAGAGGAGCCAUGUUGAAGAGGAAUAAGAGGUUGAUGAUGCUCAAACAAGGGAAAUUGAUGCUCACAAAUGGAAAUCCAAAGGUUGCAGGACCUCCCAAUGGUGGUGGAGGAAGUCCAGUGGGUUACCAACUCCACAACGACGAAAAAGCUGACAAUGAUGCAUAUUGGUCUAGUGCUACUGAAGAGAUCAAGUGGGAUGCUAUGUUUCAAGAUUUGAAACCAACAUAAAUUUCUUUUGCAUUCUUCUUCAAAUUGGGAGAAAUUUUGUUUCA